CAUCUGAUGCAAUCACUCAGUUCUGUGCAAAUCUUCGUGCUGUUAAUAUAUCCUAUCUCGCGUGAUAAGUUAUUCUAUUUUGAAAACGGCAUUGCGUUAAAAAACAGUGAUACAAAUUUUAAAUACAAUUUGAAUAACAUGGAAGCUCAAACAAAUAAACAGGAUAAUUUAAAUCAAUAUGAAUACGUAACAUUAUUGAAAAAUAACUUUGAUCGAAGCUUAUUCCCAAACGAUUUCGAUAUGUGGACAAUGAGUGAACAAUAUAAUUGGAUAAACAAUAAUCUCUCUAAAUUUUUUCCGAAUGUGCCAAAAUCCUUGCUGGAAUUCGUUCCUGCUUUGUUUUAUCAAAUAGACUAUAGUCGAUGGCCAGAGACGCCCGAAUGGUUGGAUGUGGAUAAGUAUCGCAGAGGACAAAAAUUUGUGCAAAAUUAUAUAUUCACAAUAAUGAUAACUACUGUAAUCUCCCUCUUACAUGCGUAUACUUUCGAGAAUGGUCUGAAGCCAAUUAUCCUAGGUGGUCAAUCUCAUACACCCUAUUUAUCAUACAAGAGGUUACAAUCGACUGGGCGUCGAAUAAUGAGUUGGUACUUCGGACAACCUUGGGUCGAAGAGACGCCCGCCUACAAAGAUAUGCAAUUCACGCGUAAAAUGCACAAGAUAAUACGAGAAAAAUUGUCCCAAAUCAGCAAGGAUAAAAUUGACGCUGCCUGUACAUUCGCAAAUCCAUGGUGCCCGGAUCGCGAAUUGCUUUUGAAAGACUUGGCCGCGGCGUGUCCAUUCGAAAAAGUCGGACAACGUCCUUAUAAACUUUUCGCUGAAUUGUCAUAUGAGCAGAAAUACUUAAACGACUUUGAACUGGCGAUGACACAGUGUUCUUUUAUAGGCUUAAUUGUACUUUAUCCGAGAGAAUUUGGAGCGCAUAAUGCGACCGACGAGGACUUAGAGGCUUUCUGUCAUUUGUGGAGAUGCUACGGAUAUUUUCUUGGAAUAUCAGAUGAGUGUAAUUUUUGCCGUGGCAGUCUUGAUGAAAUAAAGCAGCGCUUACGAGAUUUUUAUCAAUAUUGGGUGCUACCUAAUUUCAAGGAAAUCACACCGGAAUGGGAACACGUAACGAGAUGCAUUGUCGAAACAUUUAAUUAUAAUUAUAACGUGCGUGUGUUACCUUACAAGACUGCGAUGUUACUUGCUACAGAGUCACUUGGCGUAAAUAUGCCACACCUAUACGCGUCUCUUUGUUAUUCGGAGUGGAUUGCUUAUUACUGUUGGAGAUUUUUUCUUCGUUAUGUUUUGGCAUUGAACAGCGUGAGAUCAUUUUUUCUUAGUGUACUACUAAAAUCAUCUAUGAACAGUAAAGAAAGUCCGGAAAAGCUAGCAGAACUUCACGAACGGUCCAAGCAACAAGUACCAGAUUUUUCCAUCACAUAUUAAUAAAUAAAAUAACAGAAGUGUGUUGCAUUGAUGAACUAAGUUGCGUUGAAACAUGUAUGUAUAUGUAUAAAAAUAAAAAAAUAAAAAAAAAUGUUUUUUAAAUAUUUUUCUUACGUUGAGAAACAAUUCCGACGUACAAUGUACUUCGCCCGGUGGAAAACUUUCGUAUUACUCAAUUGUCGUUUAAUUGCUGAUUGUAAUUUGCUCAAUUUCCAAUUUAUGUGUGCAGAAUUCUAAGUCACCUUACAUGUAUUGCUUACAGCGGUGUAUUUUUAUUUACCGCUACUCCAUGGAUUAUAAAAUGAUUCACGAAGCCUAUUUUCUUGAGCAGAAUCGAAAUAAAUAUAUGAAUUAUUUAGUUCGAGAAAAUUGAUAAAAAUUGUGCGU